UCAUGUGCUCUUCCGGAUUCAGAAGUGGGCAGGUCUCGUAAAGUGGUUCAUCAACACUAUCAGGGUGUUUAACGUAAAGCUAGAAAUCACGUGUGUUGCCACUAUCGCAAUGUCAUAAACCUAGGCCAGGAAACAAGGUGGCAUGAAGAUUCCUUUCAAAGGAGUAUAUAUCUUGGAUAUUGUACGCAACUGACAUUCACCAACUGUUAGUAUUGGAGCCGCAGAAGAUUGCGACUGAGGCCGGUGUAGGCAGUUAGCACACAGCGUUUACAAUAGCAAGAUGUCUAUCGUCCAAGUUGUUGGAUCGGGCGUGAAAGCCAGUGCUUCAGCAGAUCGCACAUCAUUCAUCGGAGCCCGGGUCCCCCAGGAAGUGAAAGCACUUUCAAAGCCACUUGCCAAACUUGACAAAGAGACUUUCAGAAAAUUGUUGAAAAUGGUGGUUGCAGCCAUGGAGGGAGAGGAGGUCAAGCACAAACAGAUCAAAGAAAUCAUUUCCAACGGUGAAAGUGAAGAGUCACUGACCGCCAUGUAUACUGGCUUGUACACACUGCUCCGUACAGCUCUAAGGCACCCUCAAACGUCACUGAAGAUGGAGUUGUUCAAGGUUGACUUAAAUGACCUACACAUACCAGAGGAGUUCCAGACAGACAUUGCCAGCGUCAUCUUUGGAAAUAGGAGACCCAAGAUAGACAAACAUGCUGUUGCCAGUCGACCCCACCUGCCAAGUUUAGACCUGUUCAGAUGGAGAGUAGAUGUAGCUAUAUCAACAAGCGUGUUGAACCGAGUGCUAGAACCCACCGUCAUGAUGGAGAUGACUCUCAGUAAUGGCAGAAUCCAUACAUUUGAGGUGCCAGUUUCAAAAUUCCAUGAACUACGAUACAAUGUUGCAUACGUGUUGAAAGAGAUGGAAGAUUUAGAGAAAAGAAGUAUACUGAAAAUACAAGACUGAGUGAUAUAUUUUAGAUACAUUUGUUAAUAUAUACAUUUGUUACCAUGGUAACCAUUGACAUCACAGCAUUCCUAUGUUUCAGGUGCACAUUAUAUAUAUUAUAUUCACAAAUAUAUUGGACAGCCUGAGACAACAAUGUUGAAUGACUGAUGGAAAUGAUUGAAUGAAAAAUGGUAGUUGCAAACUCUUGUGAAAAGGACUUGUAUUUCCAGGGAUUUACCUAGAAUUCCACAUGUAAAUGUUCAUGGAAGGCAAAUUUUGAAACACAUUUUGUUAGUUUAAAAUUGGGAUACUAAUUGAUGUACUGUAAUAUGUUUUACAUUGCAUUCCAUGCAAAAGUGUAAAGCUGAAUAUUUAAGUCUCUUGCUUGGUAUUGAUUCCUGUCAGAAGAAUACAAAUACAAGUCAAAUCUACAAAGCCAUAACACCCAUGGAAAUAUUAAUGCGAAUUUCGAAUUAGGGAAUUUAUGUGGACAUUUGCUGCAGACUUGAGGUCGAAUAUCUGAGUCAGUCUAGAUAAAUGCUUGACAUAUAUUCUUUGCUUGACACUCAGAGUGACUGCCACAUGUUUUACAGUAAUACCAUGGUGUAAUGUUACAGCAGUGCCACAGCUUUAUGCCACAGUAAUACCAAGGUGUUAUGUUACUGUUACAGAGAUAUCAUAGUCAUAUGUUACAGUAUCCCUAUCUGAAUGUUACAGUAAUACCAUGGUCUUGUGUUACAGUAAUAAUGCAGUGUCAUAAACGAUGUCAUUGAACUCAUAUCUUAGUGCUUGCUUCUGCUCCACAAAGCUUGUGAUUUAUGUUUAUAAAUUCAUAAAUUCAUAGAUUUUUGUUUAUGGAUGUUAUAUGAGAAGAUAAGAUUUCCUUACAGGCUUGUUUUGAACUUAAAUAUAUGAGUGGUGUUUAUUUGUUUUAGGAAAACAGCAGAUGAAUUGCAUAAUAAAUCAUGUCUUUAUUUCAUUGAACAAGUACAUGUUGAACACUAAUAUCAUUUACAUUAUUUUCCUAGACUAUGAGUGUGUUGCUGAUUUGAUUGAGGUUUAAUGCUGCAUUCAGCAAUAUUCCAGCUAUAUGGCGACAGUCUGUAAAUAAUCAAAUCUUGACCAGACAAUCCAGUGAUAGCAGCCUGAGCAUCUAUGUACUCAAUCUAGAUACGAUGACAUGUCACCCACGUCCGCAAGCCUGACCACCCAAUCCGGCUAGUCGCGUCUUACUAGAAGCAGGGGUUGUUGAAGAAGAAAUUGUUGCCUCAAAUACUCGAAAAGUUCCUGGCACUGAAUGUCGUACAUCGUGGAGAGGGUGAACUUUGUGUUGUACUGUGGGCAGUUAUGUCACUGUCACUGUGCAGUAUAUUCCCCCAACUCACUUUUUGGUAUGAUUUCACUUGAGAGAAUUAUUCCACAUCAAACAUCCAAUAUAUACUACUCAACAGACGUUCAGGAGCACCCAAGUGUUUCAUGAUAUAAUGAUCCUGUCAUGUGUUGUGACAGAUUAAUGAUGGCUCUUUGCAAAUUGUGUUCUUUAACUCUUUUUUGAGUAGUAUAUGUAUUUUAGAGGGACCAAACUUUGUCAAACCUUAUUAUUUUGAUAGUUGGAAAUGUUAUUAAAUGACUGAACAUUAUAUGGUGUUCUUCAGACUACAAGAAGUAAUCCAUUCCAGUGGUUUGUGAAAAUGGAUUUUACUCUGGUCUCAGACAAAAGUGUUCCCUGAAAAAAAACAGUUAUCAUAAUGUCCAUUCCUUUCACUGUUGUGAUGUAAAAUAUGAAAAUUCAUUCAUUAUUUGCAUGUUUGCCUUGAGAAACACAGAUGCUGAGUUUGUUGGAUUCCAGACGAACCAAUAAUCAAUGUCAGUAAAAUCAGAUCUUAGUUCUCGCUGCUGGAUGCCUGAGGACAUCCCAUGACUAGUCACUGCAGGAGAGGGUGGUGGGAUAGCCUAGUGGUUUAGUUUGAGCGGCAUAAAACUAAACUCAAUCACUCACUCACUGCAGAAGAUCCAUAUUUGGACUUUCAUCAAUUCAUGAAAUUUAAAAGCAGUAUUUACAUGUAAUAUUAGCCAGUCAAAAUGCAGCAUCCUCAGGCUCAACAGUAUAAGGUUUAGACUGGUGACUUUCAUUCCAGACUGUGCUUUAAAAAUAUUUUGAUAAACGUCUUCUUUGAAAACUGCACAAAAGAACAUGCUGGAAUGUCUGUUGCAUUGUGUAGCAACCUUUACAUGAGACAUGUUAAAUAUUUUGUGUUCAAGUCCAUUUACCAUUGACAUGAGAAACAGACAAUGAUUUUGACAAAAUCAGACUUCCUAUAACUGUUAUUCAGAACAACCCCAAAUUAACAACUUUGAGGUUGCAUUUUUAGUAAACAAAUUUUGACUGCAACUUCACUGAUAUGCAAAGGAACAUUCUGAUAGGUCUUAUUGAGGGUCAUUUUGACAUUAAUCAGUAUUGGAUGUCUUCUCAAAUCUCAGUCCAGUGGUUGUGAGAAGUUGAUCUGAUUUAAUGAGAAUGACAAAUAACUCAGACCCUCAAUAACUGACUUUGAGAAAAUCUAGACAUACAACUGUUCAAAGUUCAACUGUUCAAUCAUCUUUCUAUUCCUUUAACAUUGAUUGGAGUUUUGUUUAUUGCAGUUGAUACCUUUUAACUGAUGAUGUGAACCCACCUGAAUUUCUUGUCACAAUAUCAUAAUAUCAGGGGUGGCACUAUAUCAUUUAUGGAUACAAUUUGCAUAUUUUAGACACAUAUGUAUUUGCUUUUUUUUGUGAACCUGUCCAGAUAUUGUUUUUGCUUUGAUUGCAUUUUAUGACAGGACCCAGAUUUGGUAAUUGGAAAACAUACAUAUUUGAUUUUGAAAGCGGAAUCGGUUUUGACAUGAGUUGCCUACAUGAAUGCAUUUGACAUGUUAAAUUCAUAAGUAGUCCCAAUAUUGCUGUCUACAAUGCAUCAGUUGCUUGAGACGCCCUUGUAGUCCUCCAUAUUGCUACCUACACAUUACAAUGAUGGGAUACCCAUCUCAACACCUGGUUGGCACAUUGGUCAGUGUGUUAGGUUCACACAACACCAAGAUUUUGUUCCAAAACACCCAGUACGACUGUUCGUUAUGAAGUGUUCGUGAUGUAAUUGAAGCACGGGUAAAAUCCUUAAAUACUAGUGUAUCUCCUGUAUGUGUGUUUUGAAGGGUGUGAGUAUCAUCAAGUGUUUUCCUUGAGACAAACAUCGCUCUUUCUCAACAGUAUUACAGCUCACGUAUAUCCUUUGUGUUGUCGUAUUGUGUUUUGUUUUUGAUUUGAAAAAGUGUUCUUUCGAGCUUUCGAGCCAAUUUAAGAGAAAACACCCAACGUGUUAUGUUUGGGAUUGCACCGUCAUUCAAGCACGUACUCAUGUUCUUUCAUGUAGAAGCCGCGGUGUCGGAGAGGAUUAGAUCGCUGACUUUGUGUGCUGGCGGCUUGGUGCUUUCCUUUGAGCGUUGGUUCGAAUCCCGGACAGAAUCUGUACUUUACUGAGAAAGUGUAAUCUCAAAUAUAACAUAUGUUGUAUUUGACCACUUUCUAAAAUGGAUUGUGUAUUCAAAGAGGACAUCAGAAACAUUUAAUUACCCAACUAAACAAUUCAGCCAUUUCAGCCAGCUGUACCAUAUCUGUGAAUGUCUACGCAUAUGAUCCUGUGUGGCACAGUUUGCGGUAGGCGUUAGCUGACAUCAUUUGACGACAGUGUCCAGACACGUCGGGCUGACAGUCCACAGCAGUCCUGGCUAAACGCAGGGUCAGACAUUGUUCAUUCUAUUCGUAAAUGUCAUUAAGACAUUAUUCACUAGGGGACAUUUUAAUCCUUAUCCUGUGUUUUUUGUUGAACCCCACAUUCAGCAAUAUUCCAGCGUUCUUAAGAUAAUGUCUGGACCAGAUAAUCCCAUGACUGACAUACUGAGCAGGAAUCUUUGAGAGUAGAUGGCUAAAAUCAAUACUCACCGAGCGUAACAACCCGAUCUAUUUAAUCGCCUCCUCUGACAAACAGGUUGCUGAGGGCAUAUAUCUUUAACAGAAUCCAUAUGGUCGUAUAACAUUACAAAUACACUGGACCUAUUUAUUCAUUACACGGUCUGUGCAGGUGCUCUUUAAUAGUUUACUAUUCAUAACUGGCCUUGAGUCUCAGUGUCCGUGUUAUAUUCCGGAGUCUUCCAGCCAAUCAUCAAUGUGUAUGUAUACUGCAGUUAUUUAAUUGGAUACUCUAAUGCAUACCUUGAUAUGUGUUUGUAAAUAAUAUUAAAUGUUUCAGCAUGCCAAUAGAUUGAGUGAUAUAAUUAAAUAUCCUGACUGAAAGAAAGGUCGAUAUAAUGUGUAGCUGAUCUUGUCUUGUGUCCACGUUUCAGUGAGACAUGGAAAUGUACAAUGGAUCAUGUUGAGUGCAGUGGUAUUCAUUUAGGAUGAAUUAAAAAAACACAUUUAUAUGUAAACAUAUAAACUGAUAAAUACCUGAUUUUUGGUCAAAUUGAUAUUGCUGAUUAUGAUGAUCCAAAGGUACUAACUCAUUUAGGAAUACUUUGAAAUUGACCGAUUUUAGUAAAAAUAUAAUCCAUCAAGUUAAGUAACGAUUUCUUUGAUAUUAUAUUGGUCGUCCAUAAUUGUUAUCACAUGUUGAAAUGGUAGAACUAGAAAGACUUACGUCGUAUCCAUUUGUAGGGCUGUUGGUUUUUUGUAUUUCAAAUAGAUGUUUAUCACCUAAAUUGAUAUUACAAGCCAAAUAAAUUAUGCAAUUAAAA